AUGUAUCUGCGACCAGGCUUCAUUGUGGUGAUUGUGGGUAGUGUAUUGACAGGACUGUCGACUCUAGUGGUAACCCUACGCUACUACUGUCGGUACUAUCUCGUUGGAACUGUAACAGCAACGGAUCACCUCAUGCUCACUGCCCUGGUGCUUACCUGGGGUAACCUAGUCGUGAACUACUACAUGGAUGAGACAAGCAGUCAUACUCGACCGAGUUACUACCGCAUACCGGAGAAGCGCCCGCUCAUGGCAAAGUACGUCAAAGGCAUCAUGUUAACAUGGUGGAUGUACCGCAUGUCCUAUGUCGCCGCACUCUGCUUUGUCAAGCUGAGUAUCCUCUACUUCUUCAAGACCAUCGCAUCGCACCGCACACUACGGCACGUCGUCAACGGUACCAUCGUCUUCGUCGGCGUCUACUCCUUUAGCGCCGUUCUCGCUAUGGGAUUCCAAUGCAGAACACCAUCGGAUGCAUGGAAUACAGACGCAUAUUUCGCGCAAUUCGAUGUCACACCGGACCCCAACGCACCCAAAACGCAAUGCUACGACCCUACAAUUAUGUUCAUAUUCACGGCAGCUUUGAACCUCUUCAGCGACGUUGUCAUCCUCCUAAUACCGAUCCCGACACUACUAAGUCUCAGCGUACCAUUGCGCCAGCGACUCGCACUCGUGGGAAUCUUCAGUAUCGGCAUGCUCGCCAUCGUCGCAUCCUCAGUCCGCAUGCGCGUAAUGACGCUCUGGGCUGCCUCGCCCUGGAACUCCGCAAUCUACGGCACCGACCUUCUUCUCUGGGGCCAAGUCGAAACGAACAGCGGUAUAAUAUCCGCCUCCGUCCCAUUCCUACGUCUGCUGUUCAGGCGCAAAGAGCGCGCUGAGCGCCUCGCGAGUGGAAGGAAGGUGGUGGAGAUUGUAAGCCCGAGGGUGGGCAGGAAACCGCAGCUUGAGCCUCUGGAGAUGGAUACUAUUAUGUUGUUUCCGGAGAAUAAGAGUAGGGAGGGUGAGGAGAAGGAGGGAUGGAAGCCGUUUAUUACUGUGCCGGCGAGUUUGGGGGAGCGGAGUUCCGGGAGUGUUGGGGGGUUGCCUAUGAGUCCUAAGACAAUGGCCUGA